AUGGCCCCUCUAAUGGUGGCAUUUGAGGCCCUGGCCGGGCCCUCGUUGGAGGGGUACGAGAGAUGCUGCUUGGAGAGUGGGGAGAGCCUCGGGAGGCUGCGCUGCCCGGAACCCUCUCCCCAUUCUGAGGCUGCCGCGUUCCUGCAGCGCUUGGCCAUGCCUGGCCCUGCCAGGCUACGUCUCCUCUGGCUCCUGACUCUCUGGCUGGCUAGCGUGGGCCGGGGCAAGGAAGAAAAGAUCCAGUCCAAGUUCUGUAAUGUGAAGACCAAGUUUCUCACCAACACUCCAUGCACCUCAUGCGCAGCUUUUAAGAAUCAGGACUGUCCAGCCGGCUGGAACAAGAAUUGGGAGAAGGAAUCUGAGGACUGCAGUUACACUGUGACUCUGGGAGAGAACAACAUCUUGAUGCCUGGCUGCACUCAGAAAUGCUGGAAAGAGGUGGAAGAGAAAGCCUGCUGUCCAGGGUUCUGGGGCUCGAAGUGCUUUGAGUGUCCUGGGGGAUCCCAUCAUCCCUGUAAUGGUCAUGGUACCUGCUUGGAUGGGAUUGGUCAGAAUGGGACCUGCGUGUGUGAGGAAGGGUUUGGUGGCUUUGCCUGCCAGGAGUGCAAAGAUGGGAGCUUAUUUGGUCCUGACUGCAAAUCAGUGUGUGCCUGUGUCAAUGGGGUGUGCAAAAGUGGGUCUCAGGGGGAUGGAAGCUGUCUCUGCUUUGCUGGCUACACUGGCCCCAGGUGUGACCAGGAACUACCUGCUUGCAAGGCCCUGGCCUGCCCAAAGAACUCACAGUGUGUGGGUGCAGACACUGGGGCACCCAGCUGCAAGUGCCUACCAGGCUUCCUGCUCCAGGGCAGUAAAUGCCAAGCCCAGAAUCCCUGCUCUUCACUUCCCUGCUCUUCUUUUGCGACUUGCUCAACCCUGGAGAACGGAGGCUUUGAAUGCCGAUGCAAGGCUGGUUACCACGGUGACGGGAAGUUCUGCCAGCCUCUGGACCCCUGCGCUUCCAACAACGGUGGCUGCCCCAGUAACAGCACCAAAUGUGUCUUUCAGGGGCCAGGCAAGUCCUCCUGCGUCUGCAAACCAGGCUUCUACAGCCUUAGCCGCAACGUCUCCGAAGGCUGCCAGACCUCCACGCGGACCUGCUUUCACUACUUUUGCGACAACUCAGCCACUUGCCAGAGCGACGAGCAGGGAAAGCCCAAGUGUGUCUGCAAAGAAGGGGAGAUUGGAAAUGGACGCUCCUGCUUUGGCCACUUUCUUAGGGAGCUGGAGAGGAAGAAGAUCCUCCGCACAAGCUUGAGGACAUUAGAUACAGCCAUCUCCAUGCUGGAGAAAGGCUGUGGAGACAUACUGUCCAAGUCUGGGCCUUUCACGGUGCUGGUCCCAUACCUGUUUGUGACUUCGAGGUUGAAUGAAUCGGUGUCCAGGUCGCUAUGCAAACUCCACAUCAUUCCCGGAGUGCAUCUCAUAGAAGAGCGCUUCCAGACUCCCAAGACGUGGUGGACCCUGGAUGGAGAGUCACUGACCCUUACUUCCAGCUUUCUGUAUAGAUACAAAGAUCAACCGGAUCAAGCAUACGAAGUCGUCCUGUCCAACUUGCCCGCAGCCAAUGGCGUCUUCCAUCUUGUCGGCAGCCUCCGUAAGCAGCCCUCUUCAGCCUUCAUUGAAGGAGACCCAGAGAAAUCCAUCGGGAAGAUUCUGGCUUCUAUGGAUGUCUUCAGUCGGUUUGAAACUAUCCUGGAGAACUGUGGCCUCCCUUCCAUCCUUGAAGGCCCAGGGCCCUUCACUGUGUUUGUCCCCAGCAACUCUGCAGUGGACAGCCUGAGAGAUGGGCGACUCAUUUACCUGUUCACUGAGGGCAUCUCUAAACUUCAGGAACUGGUGAAGUACCACAUCUACAGCAAUGCUGGGCUGACUGUGGACAAGUUGAUCUCUUUGAAACAAAUCCCGACCAUGGCCAACCAGGUCUUGAUGACGAACUUCACUCCGGAGGGGCGUUUCCUCUUGGGGCCUUCUGGUAUCCCCUUGAAGAGCACGGAUAUUGUGGCAUCCAAUGGAAUCAUUCACCUGCUGGAUGGCAUUCUGUUGCCCCCGUCCAUCCUGCCCAUCCUGCCCCAUCGGUGCAAUGAAAACCAAUACAAGAUUGUGACAGGCACCUGUGGAGAUUGCCAGAACCAGAAUACUAGCGUAUGUCCCCCCAAUAGCCAAGAGCUGGACAUUUUUCCCAAGGAGUGCUUUUACAUUCAUGACCCAGAUGGUCUGAAUGUGAUGAAGAAAGGUUGUGCUCGAUUCUGUAACCAGACUACCUUGAAACUUGGCUGCUGUAAAGGCUUCUUUGGACCUGACUGUUCCCAGUGUCCUGGGGGGUUCUCAAAUCCUUGUUAUGGCAAAGGCACUUGCAGUGAUGGUAUCCAGGGCAAUGGGGCCUGUAUAUGCCUAAAAGCCUUCAAGGGCAUCGCCUGCCACGUCUGUGCAGAUCCCAACCGGCAUGGAGAGCAAUGUGAGGAAGAAUGUGGAUGUGUCCAUGGUAUCUGUGACAACCGCCCGGGUAGUGGGGGAAUAUGUCAAAAGGACACUUGUACCAAGGGCUUCACUGGUCUCUUCUGCAAUGAGUCCUCAGCUGAUUGUGGCCCCACUGGCCUGGCCCAGUACUGCCACCCCCUUGCCCGCUGUGUCACCCAUCAAGGACAUUCCAAGUGUGUCUGUCCACCUGGCUUCGUGGGGGAUGGCUUCUCCUGUAAAACCAGACAUCCCUGUGACCAACCAGAUCGAGGCGGUUGCUCUGAGAAUGCCCAGUGUGUCAGGAGCAACUCACAGUCCCAUCAGUGUGUAUGUAACAAGGGCUGGAAAGGAGAUGGCAAAGUCUGUGUCGCCAUUAAUCAAUGUGAGCUGGAGACCCGGGGCGGCUGCCAUGCGGAGGCCCACUGCCAUUAUAUCGGGCCAGGACAGAGUUCCUGUACUUGCAAGCCAGGCUUCGCAGGGGACGGUUACGAGUGCAGCCGCAUCAAUCCAUGUCUGGUGGCCAAUGGCGGGUGCCAUGUGCUGGCCACCUGCCGGCCCCAAAGGGAUGGAGGACAGCCGGUGUGUUUGUGCCCAGACGGCUAUGGUGGAGAUGGCUUCGCCUGCUAUGGGACUGUCUUAGAGGAGCUAAAGAGGAAUGACUACUUUUCUGUGUACUAUCAAUGGAUUAAGAAAGCUGGCUUCGCCCUUCCCACCAAGGGCAACUUUACAGCCUUGGUGCCCUCGGAAUCUGCCAUCCUGAGCAUGAGCCCUGAUGACAAGGCCUUUUGGCUGCAGCAGCAGCAGUUGCUUCACCUGCUCAGGGCCCACUUUGUCCCAGAUGCUCUUACCACUAGGCGGCUGUCUGACCUCUUGGGACAGGAGGUGGUCACCCUGAAUCCACCCACACGUUGGGAGAUCAGCAACAGCAGUGGGAAAAUCACCAUUCAGAAUGUGAGCGUGGAGGUAGCUGACAUCCUUGCCACCAAUGGGGUCCUGCACAUCCUCAAUAAGGUACUGCUGCCAUCUCGGAAAGAUGCCCCCCCUCUCCGGCUGAGCCUGAGACAGCAGCUGGAUGCCAUCCCCUCCUUUAGCAUCUUUAAAGAGUUGUUACUGCAAUAUGGGCUACUGGCCCGGAUGGAGGCCGCUACUGCCUAUACCCUCUUUGUACCUGCAAAUAGCUCAGUGGAGGAUUACUGCCUGAAAGCCAAUCUGACUACCCUGGACGUAGAAACUGUGAAGCGCCACGUGCUCCUGGGCGAGGCUCUCACCCCCGAUGCCAUGCGGCCGGGGAUGCACCGGAAUUCCCUUCUAGGGACCUCCUAUGAACUCGUCUUCUCCAGUGGCCAAGGGAGCCUGCCCCUCGUGAACCGGGUGCCGGUGGUGGGUCCCACGCUGCAGCCCCAAGGGGGUGUCGUGCUCCAGUUGGGCGGGGUCCUGGCUCUGAGGCCCAACAUUUGUCUCCGCUCGCACAUAGAAGGGAUAAGGAAGAAAUGUAGCAGCUGUGAGCGAAAAUACCGCUGCCCUUCCGGCUACAAGAAGAUACAGAAUGCCCCACCAGAGAACUGUUUCUACACAUCUAAUGGAAUCCGAACUAUAGGCUGCUACUACACAUGCAUCAAGAAAAAAGAGAUCUCUGACUGCUGUCCUGGCUACUUUGGAACCCUUUGUGAUCCCUGCCCUGGGGGGGCAGGCAGUAACUGCUCAGGCCAUGGGCAGUGCCAGGAUGGCCUCCUGGGUAAUGGAGAGUGUCGCUGUCAUGAAGGCUUCCACGGCACUGCCUGCGAGGGGUGUGAGCUAGGGCGCUAUGGGCUUAACUGUGCUGGAGUCUGUAACUGUGGGCAUGGAAUAUGCCAGGAUGGGCUGCUUGGGAAUGGGACCUGUAGCUGCAAUGUGGGCUGGAAAGGCCCCCACUGUGACCAAGAAAUCACCACUUCAUCAUGUGCAGAAAAAUGUGACCCCUUUGCCAACUGCAUCAAUGCCUCCUGUGUCUGUUCUGCUGGAUACUCUGGCAAUGGCACCAGCUGCUCAGAAGUGGAUCCUUGUGUCCAGGAUCAUGGCGGCUGCUCCCUUCAUGCUAACUGCACCAAGGUGGCCCCUGGACAGAGGACAUGCACCUGCAAGGAAGGCUAUGCUGGGGAUGGAGAAAUUUGUCUGGAAACCAACAGCUGCCUGAUUCGGAAUGGUGGCUGCCAUGCCAAGGCUGAUUGUGUCCCCGUAGGAUCCAGCAAGGUGUCCUGUAAUUGUGGAGCUGGUUACACUGGAGAUGGAAUCCAGAGCUGUGUCCCCUUCAACCCCUGCACAAAGGACAAUGGAGGCUGUAGCCCCUAUGCUACAUGUAACAACACAGGGCCUGGACAGCGGACCUGCUCUUGUGGCAUCCUGACCAUUGGUGAUGGCUUUACAUGCCGGACCAGGAUGGGCUUGGAGCUCCUCCGGGACAAGGAUGCAGCAUUUUUCAGCCACUACCUGAUGGAAUAUCAGGAAUUGAAGGGAGAUGGGCCAUUCACAGUCUUUGUCCCUCGUGAAGAUUUGAUGAAGAACCUUACCCGGAGAGAGCUCUCCAUGCUCAGCACCCAUCGGCAGCUCCUGUUCCGAUACCACACGGUGGGGUGUAGGCGCCUGCUGGCCCAGGACCUGCUGGAGGCAGGAUAUGUGACCACCUUGUCUGGCCACAAACUCCAUUUCAGCCAGAAUGAGGAUAAUCUUUACAUCAAUGAGUAUGCCCAAGUAGUGACUGAAGACCAGAUUGGGGUAAAUGGUGUCAUCCAUUUCAUUGACAAAUUGCUGCUGCCCCCAGAAGUUGUGCACUGGACUGAUACUUCAUCGGUGCUUCCCAAGCAAAAUAUCACUGAAGCAGCUGAGAGUGCGGGCUACACCAUCUUCAGCAAACUUCUGACGAUGGCCAGGAUGCUGCCCAUGUUUCAUGAUAAAGCCCACCAGCCCCUCACCGUCCUGUGGCCCUCAGACGAAGCCCUGGGAGGCCUCUCUCCUGAGCGUCGGGCCUGGCUCUACCACGAGGACCACCGGGAGAAGUUGGCUGCCAUCUUGAGGGGCCACGUGAUCCGCAACAUCAAGGCCCUGGCUUCGGAUAUACCCAACCUGGGUCCGCUCAGGACCAUGCAUGGCUCCCCCAUCUCCUUCUCCUGUAGCAAGGCCCUGCCGGGCGAGCUCUUGGUCGGGGAGGGAGAAGCUCGGAUCGUACAGAGACACAUGGAGUUCCUGGGAGGCAUCGCCUACGGCAUCGACCAGCUCCUGGAGCCCCCCGGGCUGGGCUCCCGCUGUGACCACUAUGUGAAGGAACAGCUCCCGGCAUACAGACAGCCCUGUGGCUCGUGCGACCUGCUGCCUCUUUGUCCUCUAGGAUACAAGGAUCAGGGUGAGGUGGAUUACUGCCUGAGGGCCAUCCCUUCGAGGAGACCUUUCUUUCUGAGAUACACCUACUACGACCCAUUUUUAUUCUCCCGAAAGUCUCAGAAAUCCGGCUGCCGCCGACGUUGUUUUACAGUCACCUGGAAACCGGCUUGUUGCCCAGGACACUAUGGCAUCGACUGCCAAGUGUGCCCAGGGGGGCCAGGAACCCCAUGUAAUGGCAAUGGGGUGUGCGACGAUGGAAUGACAGGGUCAGGGGUCUGCAAGUGCCACAAGGGCUUCAAUGGGACUGCCUGUGAGCUCUGUGCUGCAGGGACAUUUGGCCAUCAGUGUCUAGCUUGUCAGUGCACAGCCCAAGGAAAGUGUGAUGAGGGCGUCUCAGGCUCUGGCUUUUGCUUCUGCAAUGAGGGCUGGAGUGGACAGCGCUGUGAAAUAAAGCUGGAUGAGCAGCCUGUGUGCUCCCCACCCUGCCAUCCUCAGGCUGUAUGCCGAAAAGACAACUUCUGUGAAUGCAACUUGGACUAUGAGGGGGAUGGUCGGAAAUGCACAGUGAUCGACCGCUGCCAGAAUGAAAACGGAGGCUGCAGCCAGCAUGCCAGCUGCAGCCAGAGGGGUACAGUGGUGACCUGUACUUGCCUCCCUGACUAUGAAGGUGAUGGGGUGUUCUGUCAGGCCCGGGACCCCUGUGCAGAUGGCCAGAAUGGAGGCUGCAGUGAGCAUGCUGAAUGCAUCAGCACUGGCCCAAACACUCGCCGUUGCAUGUGCCGACCUGGCUAUGUAGGGAAUGGACUGCAGUGCCUGGUGGAGGCUGUGCCCCCCGAAGACCGAUGCCUGGAGAGUCCUGGGCCCUGCCACCCAGAGGCCACCUGCACUGACCUACACUUCCAAGAGAAGCGGGCUGGAGUGUUCCACCUACAGUCUCCAGAGGGCAAGUACAAACUGACCUUCAGGGAGGCAGAGAAGCAGUGCCUGGCCCAGGGUGCUGACCUGGCUUCUUUGGAUCAACUCUCAGCUGCUCAGCAGCUUGGUUUCCACCUGUGCCUGAUGGGCUGGCUAUCAAAUGGUACAGCUGCCUACCCCGCUGUCUACCCUAGCACCAGCUGUAACACCAGUCAUGCAGGCAUCAUCAUCCAUGGAACGCAGGGCAGCCUCACCGAGCGCUGGGAUGCCUACUGCUACCGUCUACAUGAUGUGACAUGCCAAUGCCGGGAUGGCUUUGCUGGUGAUGGGUACACAGUGUGUAAUGGAAAGCUGCUGGAUGUACUGGCUGCCAAUGCCAAUUUCUCCACCUUCUAUGGGUUGCUGCUGGAUUAUGCUAACACCACGCAGCAUGGUCUAGAAUUCCUUGGCUUCCUGUCUGAUGAGCUGACCUCCAAGACACUCUUCGUCCCCAUUAAUUCUGGGUUUGGGAACAAUUUGACUCUGAGCUGGCAGGAUUUGGAACUCCAUGCUUCUAAUGUCACCUUUCUGAGCUUGAACCUCAGCCAGGGCACUAUCCUACCUGCCCAUUCAGGCCACCAGCUUUUCAUCAGCAACUCCUCUGCUGGGAACAGUACUGUGUUCAAGGAGGGCCCUGAUGUGGUGAGAGUCAGUGCUGUUGUGGAGUGGGAUAUCAUCGCCUUCAAUGGCAUUAUUCACGCCAUCGAGAGCCCCCUCACAGCACCCCCAAAGCCGGUGGCUGUGUUGGCAAGGACUGCCACUUCUGUAGCAGUUGGCACUUGCACUGCACUGGGGGCAGGCCUGCUUUUGGGCUUGGUAGCCCUGUAUUUCCACCACAAAGUCAAAGGCCAAGGAUUCCAGUUCCAUUAUUUCAAGGCUGAAGAUGAUGAAGAUGACUUCUCACCCUGGCAACAAGGGCCCAGUCCACCCCUGAUUUCUGUACCCAACCCCACUUUUGGUGGCCACGACACCUUCUAUGAGCCCUUUGAUAACUCAUUCCCUGAAGAGGAGUUCACAGACACCCACAGAAUCCUUGAAGAGGAGUAAUCAGGGCCAGGAAGGCUGGUGGCUCUUUUCCACACCUGGCUCUGCCUGCCCACCCCAACCUGUCCCCAGUAGAUGUUUACAUGGGCCUGAGUGAGCCCAACUGACGGGGGAUGCAUCGCCCUCAUUUGCACAGUCUCUUCCUGCAGAGGCUGGGCCAGAAGCGGCCUUCGGGAGACAUGUAGCCUCCUAGGACUAAGGCUGGCCCAGGCCCCAGAUGUCCCCUAGCUCUCCCUCACCCUCGACCACCUCCAUAAGUGACGGGGUCCAGCGCUGACCCGAACUUUCCUCAGGGCAUUUUCUGCUCGAAAUGACCUGUUGAGGAAGCCUGGGGCCUGGGCGGGAAAGGAAGCAUUAAAGAGCAGCCGCCUGAGCUCCCAACAACUCCGUACAGCGGCCCAGUGAAGUUUAUUGUCUUCUGUGAGGAUUCAGAGUGAACGCACCCCGCCUCCCACCCCUCGGCCCCGGGCAGCUCCUGCAAUAACCCCUCUCUGGAGGGAAGCAGGGCCUCGAAGACCUCACUGCCGGCACCAGCUCUCCUCGCCCUGGACCGUUAGACAAAGCUGGGGUUUCUCUCCUCGCCAUUGGAGAAGCGGCCCGCGUCCCUCUCUGGCCCAUCCCGGAGAGCGUCCCUCCGUCCCGGUCCCCACUCUCCCUGGGAGCCCUGGCCCGUGUCGCCCAUUCAGCUCAGCGUGGCUGCUGUACCUCAGACGGGGGCAGGGGAGAAGCUUUUGAGUCACUCAGAAAAUAAAGUUCUUGGGUCAGCCUC